AUGUCACCUUCAACGUCCACUCCAGAAACGCUCUCGGAAUCAAAUCCAAACAUAUUUGAAGUCCCAACACUUAAAGCUACCGUCGAGUCCGGGUUCCUAUAUCACCAGCGCUUGUUUGAGAACAAUGUCCCCCCUGCCGAAUGGAAGCAGUUCAGUGAUGAGAUGGUAGAGGCGUUUGCGCUUACGACAGCAGAGAAAAUCGCUGCCUGGACUGUUGGAAUAAGCGUUGGCCUCGUAAGCGCCGUACCCUUGCUGGUCUUUGGUGCUGCGCCAGGCUACUAUGCUGGAAAGGCCGUGAAUGCCAUGUCCAUCGAAACAAAAGUCAAGGACUACUUGCAAGAGGAAGGGGAACUGGUCACUGUCCUGAAACGCUGGAAUGAUACCGCCUUUAAAAAGAGAGGGAUAUAUGUCAGACUGGCGCUUCCGAGGAAAAAGACAAAAGAAGGCUCUAAAUCUGGCAGCGGAACUUUUGAAUCCUUUAUGUCUUUCGGUGCAAAGAAAAAGGCAAAAGGGAAGGAACUCUCACAGGAUGGUGAAGGUGGUGGAGAAAUCAACAAGAAAGAAGAGAAGAAGUUGCAUAAGCGGUAUCGGCUGAUCAUUGAGGUCGUGGGCGUUAAAUCAAAGCAAAAGUCCUGGAAAGAACACGACAAUAAUAUCCCUCUACCCAAGGGUAUACUGGAAUUGAAUGGUGAUGAAGGGCAUAAUACCGUUCCAGAAUAUACUCCGCGAGGCACACCCCCGUACAGAAGUGGCUCGCACCCAGCAGAACUUGAGCCAACUUAUACUAAUCGGAUAGUAGAACUGGACGGUGUUAGUUAUGGGCCUUCUGCAGAGCUUGAAGGAGGUGGUAGGGUGGUCGAACUCCCGGCGGAGCCCCGAACAAUCGUUCACGAACUUGCGUGA